GAUUCCCUCGUCACAUCGCCGUACAACGUCCCAUCCUCCUCCUCCUUCUGCCCAGCAUGUUCGACUCCACCUUCCAGGCGCUGGCGGACGUGUCCGGGGCACCGCCCGACUACGUAAAGCUCAUAUUCCUCCUCCUCAUCGCCUCUCCUCUCGCGUAUCCUCUUCCUCUACUCCCUGCACAGGCGAAGCACAUCGCUUGCAUCUUCACUUCGGCCUUCUUCUUUCUGGGCAUCCUCAACCUACGCGCUGGCUUUGCUCAGCUCUUUCUCACCAGUCUCCUGACGUAUGGACUGGCAAAGUUCAAGGUGGGAGGCAAGAAGAUGCCAUGGAUCGUCUUUUGGGUCGAGAUGGGUCAUCUGACAGUCAAUCACCUCAUUCGAGCCUACGGCAAUAUUCCCCUGACCACCAUCGAGGUCACAGCCAUGCAGAUGGUGCUCACGAUGAACCUGACUACGUUUGCCUGGGAUGUCUACGAUGGUCAGAUCAGGACGGAGGACCAGUGUGAUGCCCAGCAGAAGAUGACAAGGAUCGCACAGAUGCCGGACCUCAUCGAGUUCUUAGGGUACUGUUUCUACUUCCCAGGUGUUCUCAUUGGCCCUGCGACUCGCUUCGUAGACUAUCGAGCCUGGGCGCAGGGAAGCGUCUAUGCCUCGGUCAAGGGCAAAGAGAAGGACCAGGGAAACACGUCACUUCAGCAGCCUCCUCCUGGCAGGAUCCAGGCUGCGGCACGAGAGCUCGUCAUCGGUCUAUUCUUCCUUGGAGUGUACACCGUCUUUGCGCCGGGAUGGGAUUUCACUGCUCUGGUUCUCCCAGUCGAGGAAGGCGGACUGGGCAAGAAGGAGACGACUCUCGUAUACAGGAUCUGGUUCGCAACGGUCGCAAGCUUCAUGGCGAGAACAAAGUACUACGGCGUUUGGACUUUGACCAAUGCUUCGUGCAUUCUCUCUGGCCUGUCGUACAACGGUGUCGCUCCCGUCAGCGGCAGCUCAUCUACUGAGCUGUCUUCUCGCACGCGCUGGAAUCGCUGCCAGAAUGUGGACAUCUUCGGUGUCGAGUUCGCACAGAACUGGAAGGAGCUGCUUGAUCACUGGAACAUGAACACAAACGUCUGGCUCCGAAACAACGUCUACAAGCGAGUGACCCGGCCUGGCAAGAAGCCUGGCUUCAAGUCAACAAUGGUCACAUUCCUCACUUCGGCAUUCUGGCACGGCGUAGCCCCAGGCUAUUACAUGGCGUUCAUCUAUGGAGGCUUUGCACAAUCAAUUGCUCGCUCCCUGCGCAAGUCCCUGCGACCAAGAUUCUUUCCUCCUUCCGGACCUGCCGAUGCUGCCUCUCAGAAGCCCGGGCAGCAGGGCGGAGGGCACAAGGUCUACCAGUGGAUCUACGUGGCCCUAUCUAUCGCCAGCGUCCACCUCUCGCUAGCAUUCGCAGCCCUCGCCUUCCUCCUGCUGGACGUUCAGGCCACCUGGAAAGCGUGGAGCGCCCUCAACUUCUACGGCCUCUGGUCCAUCGGAGGCCUCACCAUCGCCUUCCGCCUCGGUCUCGGCAAGGUUCUCUCUGGCUCGCAGCACGUCUCUCGAGAGCGCAAGAAGCGCGACGUGGCUCCUCACAGCGCCACUGCCAGUGCGGCCACGAGCGGGGACGAGCUCUUCUCCUAUUCUACCUCUGUCCGACCCAGGCCUGUGGGCGAGGAUGAGCAGAGGAGGAUUGGUGAGAGGAUCUUGAAGCAGGAGGCGGAGAAGGAGCCUGGAGUCCACCUGCUGGAUGUGGAUAUGGCGGAGAGGGACUUGAGGGAGAAGAUCGAACAGAUGUAGAAUUGCAUGUAGGGAUAGAAGGGGGCGAUCCCAAGCAAGAACUAUCAGGUGGUCUCGCUCGAAGAGAACAGCAAAGGCGAGCAUCAAGAUGGGUGAUCAAGUACUUUACAGCAUAGAGUCCGAGUGACUUUCUCCUCACGGAAAGAGGUACAGAGCAAUACCCCCAACA